CCAGUCGCUGACAUCGCCUUGCGUUCCGUUUUACCGGGAUUACAGUGUACGAGACGUCGUUGCUCGAAUUGCAAUUAGUGUUUGUGCGAACUGAUCGAACACUAAACAUGCUGGUAUCGCGAUCGUACGUAUUGUUGUCCGUCUUGGCCGUCGUUUUCGGAGCACCGAGGAGAUCUACUAGAUCCACGGUGCCCACCUGGCACCUGCCCUGUGGGGAGAUCAUAGAAACGGAGCCCAGCGUUUUCGAAAAUCUUAACGAGGAAGUCGAGACCAGCCUGCAGAGUCUGAAGCUGCAGCACGAGCUGACGAUGAACGAUUACUUGAAUCGGGACUACGAUUUCCUGUACGAAAGGGUGCGGAUCGGCGUUGAGAACCAUCACUAUAUCCCCAACUGGGUUCCAGACGAAAAAGACGUGCACAUAAUCAACGAUCUGGUCAACGCCACGCCGCAAGAGGUAAGUUUAUCUCUUAUUGCCGAACGCUUGCCAAAGAUGCACAUGGAUCUGCAGAAGUUCGCGGUCGCCUUCGAGGAAUUGGUGGAUGACGAGACGAACUCGAAGAUCCACAAUGCGCUAAAAGGGACGCAGUCUUACUUAAUGAUGCUGCUGUGCGAAGUCGAGAGUCACAUCGUCAAUCUGCCGUUCCUGCGAGUGCCGUCGCGAGUUCACAGGAGUAUCAUGAAGAUCUCCGAACGGGAACCCGUUGAUGACACCAGGAGACUGGUCCGUGAUUGGGGCGUGGUCCGCAAGUACAGGGACUAUCUUCACAUCUGGAGGCGCGUUUUCGACUACUAGAAAGCAAUUG